AUGCGAGUGGUGAAUGAGUGGCGAACCUUGUUCGUUGGCGCGAACAACUCGGCGUUCGUGUUCGAUCUCGAUCGAACUCUAGAAUCCUCGACGGCUACGAAGUUAGACUGGAUGCCGGACUCGGUCGCCAAAAAGAAGUGCAGACUGAAAGGGAAGGCAGAACACGACUGCCAGAACUACGUGAAAUUCGUAACUCCGGAUUUAACGAACGGUCGAGUGUUGAUCUGCGGAACCAACGCUCAGAAACCGAAGUGCAUUUAUGCCGAGAUGUCGAACUUGGAGAGUGGUUGGAGGAGAAUGAACGCGACGGACGGUCUGUACAAUUGUCCGUUCGCCGUCGACCAAAAAGUAACGUCCGUCUUCGCGGAGGGUAGCCUAGGGAAGAGAAGUGUUUUUCUUCUUCCGAGAAGUUUCCGUAUAAAACUGCGAGAAGAUUUACCGUUCGCGAAUCGCCCGCGUUUGCACCGACGCCAAGGGAGGCAGAACGAUACUGGACUCCAGCUGGACGACUUUUCUGAAGGCGCGACUCGACUGUUCGUUCAGAGGGGAAUUCCGUUUCGCUUCAACUACCUGCUGGACGUCGUGCGGACCGUCCGCGGGGGAAAGGUCUUCUACUACGCAGUUUUCACGACGGGGGAACACGAAAUACCCGCCUCGGCCAUCUGCCGUUUCGGCCUCGACGACAUAAGGGACAACUUCGAAAGAGGUCCGUUCUUCCGACUGACGGCGCCUUGGGGACGCAUCCCGGACGAGGACGUUCCGGACAACAGACGAAGAUCGUACGAAGAUCUAAACUUCGUGAAAUCCCACCCGUCGCUGUACGAACCGGUCGGAAGUGGGGACACGCUCUUUACGCUCGUUCGACAAAACUACAGGUUGAAGACGUUGACCGUGACUGAGACCGGUAACCGUACGGUCGUUUUCGUCGGAACGGACGACGGUCGAGUCUUGAAAUUGGUGAUGUCGGAAAAUCGGGCCGUCCUUCUGUACGUCAUGCGCGCGACGGAGCAACCGAUCACGAACGCCGGGUUGCACGGGAAAUUUUUGUACGUAACCUCUACCGAUAGACUUUACGAAAUCCCUCUUCAACGGCAUUGCCGACUCCUGAACGAUCGCACCCACAAGCAAGAUCCGCAUUGCAGUUUGAUGUCGACGAACGCCGGCGUCGAGUUGGAACCAAGACCGUCGGAGCACGUGCAGACAGUGGAAAAGACGAAGGAGGACGUCGAGUUUGAACCAAGACCUUUGGAGCACGUGCCGAACGCCGAAUUCGAGUUUGACCGAAGGCGUUCGGAGCACUUGCCGAUCGUGCAGGCGAAGAACGCCUAUCUGGACUCGCCGUCGACGGAUCACAUCAGUCUCGUCGCACUCGCGGCAAUAGGGUGGACAUUUUGA